UCAUUCUCCCCACUAGAAAACGCAGAUCAUGAGGGCCACCUUUCCACCCCACAGGUGCGAUGCGAUCUUUGGGCAGCUCGGAUUAGUUAGCAGUCACGACGAGAAUAAACUACGACUCCCAAAAUGCCCAGAGGAAGAGGCUGACAGGGGGUUGGAGAGGCAGUCCCAGCUUUGGGGCAAAGGUGACCCCGCGGGCUCCAGCGGCGGAGGACGGAGCAGCGGGUUCUGCCCCUCUUCUGCGGCAUCCUGGGAUGUGUAGUUCACUUACGGCCACGUCGUGCCCUUAGGGCAGGGAAGAGUACUACAAGUCCCGUGAGGACCCGGGGCCCGGGCAGCGCCUGCGUAGUGAAGCCAAAGGAGCGCGCGGGCGGUGCUAGCGGCGGGAGGAGUAAAGAUGGCGGCGCGGCGGUCUCCGCCUUCUCCUCCUGGCUGAAGCGCUGCUAGGGAGGCGGGCAGCGGCACCCCGAGCCGCUACAGCAAUCCAGUGGUGAUAUAGUUUCGGCAGCUGCCGAGGCCGGAGCCAUGGCGGAGCUGGAGCACCUGGGCGGGAAGCGGGCAGAGUCGGCGCGAAUGCGGCGCGCUGAGCAGCUGCGGCGCUGGCGGGGCUCGCUGACAGAACAGGAGCCCGCGGAGCGGCGAGGCGCGGGGCGACAGCAGCCGACGCGGCGCGGGAGCCCCAGGGUCCGCUUCGAGGACGGCGCGGUCUUCCUGGCCGCCUGCUCUAGCGGGGACACCGACGAGGUGAAGAAGCUCCUGGCCAGAGGAGCCGACAUCAACACGGUCAACGUGGACGGCUUGACAGCCCUGCACCAGGCCUGUAUUGAUGAGAAUUUGGACAUGGUGAAGUUUCUGGUGGAAAACAGAGCCAAUGUAAACCAGCAGGACAACGAGGGCUGGACCCCACUCCAUGCAGCAGCUUCCUGUGGCUAUCUCAACAUAGCAGAGUAUUUCAUUAACCAUGGAGCCAGUGUGGGCGUUGUGAAUAGUGAAGGUGAAGUCCCCUCUGACCUUGCAGAAGAGCCAGCAAUGAAGGAUCUUCUCCUGGAGCAAGUAAAGAAGCAAGGAGUUGAUCUCGAGCAGUCAAGGAAGGAGGAAGAGCAGCAGAUGCUGCAGGAUGCCCGCCAGUGGCUCAAUAGCGGGAAGAUAGAAGACGUGAGGCAGGCUCGCUCAGGGGCCACCGCCCUGCAUGUGGCCGCUGCAAAGGGCUACGCAGAAGUCCUCAGACUUUUAAUUCAGGCUGGCUGUGAACUCAAUGUUCAGGAUUAUGAUGGCUGGACUCCCCUCCAUGCUGCUGCACACUGGGGAGUGAAGGAGGCCUGCUCCAUCCUGGCAGAGGCACUCUGUGACAUGGAUAUCCGGAACAAACUGGGCCAGACACCGUUUGAUGUGGCUGAUGAGGGUCUUGUGGAGCACCUGGAGAUGCUCCAGAAGAAGCAGAACGUGCUUCGAAGUGAAAAGGAGACACGGAAUAAACUCAUUGAGUCAGACCUGAACAGCAAGUUGCAGAGUGGACUCUUUAAGAACAAGGAGAAGAUGCUCUAUGAAGAGGAGACGCCCAAGUCUCAGGAACUAGAGGAAGAAAGCAAAGAGUCCAGCAGCUCCAGCUCAGAGGAGGAGGAGGGUGAAGACGAAGCUUCCGAAUCAGAAAACGAGAAGGAGUCGGAUAAAAAGCCAGAAGCCAUUGUCAGCCAUUCCAACUCUGAGAGCAAGAGUAGUAUCAUGGAGCAGAUACCAGCGCCAGCUCAGAAUGCCUUCUCUGCCUCUUCUACUAGGAGAUACUCCUCCAGCUUCUUUAAUAAGUCAGAAGAGCCCAAAGAUGAGUCCCCCUCUUCGUGGAGACUAGGACUCAGGAAAACUGGCAGCCACAACACGCUGAGUGAGGCGGCCAACUCCAGGGAAGCUCUGCGGGACCGCGGCUCCUCCAUCUACCGCUCCUCGUCAAGCCCUCGGAUUUCCGCUCUGCUGGACAAUAAAGAAAAGGAGAGAGAAAACAGAGGCUAUUUUAGUUCCCUAGUGCCCCGGAGACUCAACAGCACAAGUGACAUUGAAGAAAAGGAGAACAGAGAAUCGGCCGUUAACCUAGUGCGGAGCGGCUCCUAUACCCGGCAGCUGUGGAGGGAGGAGGCGAAGGGAAAUGACACCCCACAGACAGCUGCCCCUUCCACCUAUGUGUCACCCUACUUGAAAAGUGCUUCAUUUGGUAGAAGUAGUGACCCCACAAGUCCCUACAUUUCAGCCAGUCGCAAUUCAUCUCCUGCUACCUCACCCAUUACCAUUGGUUCAUCUACCUCUCUGGGCAGCCAGUGGCAACCUGCCUCUUCUUGCUCUGCACCAGUCAGUGCAAACACUACUGCAUCUGUCCACCACGGCAGGACUCCUUACAGAUCCCAGACUGACUCGACAGCAGAGAGUGUUUCUCCCAGCACCCCGCUGUGUGUGAUCACCAAUCGCCCUCUACCUAGCACUGCCAAUGGGGUGACAGCUGCCACCGUGCUCUCCUCCACUGGAACGGACUCCUCUGUGGAAGCCAGGGAGAAGAGGAGGUCCUAUCUGACCCCUGUACGAGAUGAAGAAGCAGAGUCUUUGCGGAAAGCACGCUCCAGACAAGCUCGGCAGACACGAAGGUCUACUCAAGGUGUUACGCUGACAGACCUUCAAGAAGCAGAAAGGACUUUCAGCCGGUCGAGGGCAGAGAGGCAAGCUCAGGAGCAGCCUGGUGAGCAGCCUGUGGACACCGCAGGGCUGGAGAAGAGCCCUGAGAAGCAAGAGCCCUCAGCAGCCCCAGCAAAGGAAGCUGGGGAGGGUCAGCAGCCCUGGGGCGGGAGCCUGGAUGACGAGCCUAUUUACCGUCGCUUGAGGUAUCCGUCUCAGCCAGACAAACCCACAACCCCAGUGUCUCCUUCUGCUUCGAGACCCUCACUCUACACCAGUUCCCAUCUAUUACGAACAAGCAGAUCUUCAGUCCCUGAAUCUGAGAGUUCAGAGACAACUGCAGACGCUGCACCUGCAAAAGAAAUGGACAGAAACGAGAGUGAAGAAGCAGAUUUGGAUGGUCAGUCCUCUAAUAGGCUGUCCAUCCGAGAGAGGAGGCGGCCCAAGGAGCGGCGGAGAGGCACGGGCAUCAAUUUCUGGACAAAGGAUGAGGAUGCAACUGAUGUCUCUGAAGAGGUCAAAGAAGCAUGGCUCCUGUAGUGACGCAGCAACCUGUGACCUUACGUCUUUUUGUUGGACAGGCACUGAUGAGCUUGACUCUCUGCUGGAACUCUUUGUGUGUAUGAUUAUAGAAGAUAAUGCGUUCCAUUAAGGAUCAUUUAUGAAGUAUGGGAAAGUGUAAAGCAGUGGUUCUCAAAAAUAGUGGUUACAUUUCAGGAAGGUGUACAAUUCAUAGGGCACCUCAGGGGACAAAGCAAUGAUGGGAGGGACUAAUCUUUUUCCUUCUUUUGAAGGAGCAGUUCUAUAAAUUCAGUCACCAUGCAAAUUGAGGGAAAAUUGUACUUAGUUUUACUCAUCCCUGGCAGCAGUGACACUUGUAUCAUGAUGACAUUAUACAAUACUAUAAUUAUAUUCCACAGGUCAGCAUUUGACCUCUGCCUUCACAAUGAUUCUACAAUGUAUUCAGAAUCACUUCGGGUAGUGUUACUGACUCAAGAAUUAACACAUUAUGGGCCGGCCCCGCAGCUCACUAGGCUAAUCCUCUGCCUGCGGCACCGGCACCCCGGGUUCUAGUCCCCGUCAGGGCACCGGAUUCUGUCCCAGUUGCCGCAGCGGCCAUUGGAGGGUGAACCAACGGUAAAAGGAAAACCUUUCUCUCUCUUGUCUCUCUCUCUCACUGUCCACUCUGCCUGUCCAAUAAAUAAAUAAAUAAAUAAAUAAAUAAAAAAGAUUAACACAUUAUGGAGCUGGUGCUGUGGCAUUGUAGGUUAAGCCGACACCCGCAUCCCAUGUGGGUGGUACUUGUUCAAGUCCCAGUUGCUCCAAUUCCAAUGCAGCUCCCUGCUAAUGUGCCUGGAAAAGCAGCAGAGGAUGGCCCAAGUGCUUGAGCACCUACACCCAUGUGGGAGAACCUGGAGUAUGCUCCUGGCUCCUGGCUUCACCCUGACCCAACCCUGGCCAUUAUGGCCAUUUGGGGAGUGAGCCAGCAGACGGAAAACUUCUCUUUCUCUUCUUCUCCUUCUCCCUCUUUGUAACUCUAGCUUUGAAAUAAAUAAAUAAAAAGAAUUAACACAUUAAAGUACAUAUUUUAUUAUAAAUUACUUUUAUUUUUUUAUAUUGUUAUUUUUAUGAAUUUAGAUAAAUUUUACUUAGCUUACUUUUUAAUUUGUGGAGGAGAGAUAGAAACAUAGAGCAUGAACUCAUAUCUGCUGGUUCACUUUCCCAGAUGCCCAAAAUGGCCAGAGUUAGACUAGGGCCAGAGCCAUGAGCCAGGAAGACAAGCCAGGUCUCUCUGCGGGGACAGGAACACAACUACGGGAGCGAGGAGCUGGAGCUGCGAAUCCAACCCAGGUGCUCCAGUGUGUGAUACAGGCAUCUUAACCGCGAAGCGGAACACCUGCCUGCUCUCUAGCUAAGUCUGAUAUCAACGAGUUUCAUUUCAGGAUGGUAAAGGGUGGGGGUAUUUAAAAAUGCUUGUAAAUUGGAGACUGUUUCUUUUAUAUAGGGUAAGAAAAGACUCCAUAACCAUGCUAUUCAGAAGAAAUUGUUAACAUUUUUACUGGUGUUUGUCUAAGUUUGCUUUUUUGAAAAAAGAAAAUGUAUUCAAAACCAACUAAUGAUAUUCUUGGAAAAGGAUCAUUUUCAAUUUGUGCAUUCCUAGGACCCCAUCAUUGCCAUGAUGACAAUUUCAUAAGGUUGUCUUCAAAGCACUUGGGUUCAACUCUUUUAUCAAAGUACAGUCCCAUGAUGACUUUGAUCAUAGAGAGCCUCCAGGAAUAAUUGUUCCUUUUUCAACUGGAGUCUAAGGGUUACCUUGGUUACAAGAGUAUUCAUUUCUUCUGUUGAUAGCAUGGCUAGAGAGUCUUAACCAUGGCUUAGGCUUAGCUAAUGUUAGAGUUCUAGCCCCAUGAUUGGGGUAGAAGGCUUACUGUGGGAUUUGAAGCCCCUUUUCAGCAAAUGGAGUGUUUAUAGAUUUGCCCCAGCAGGAAUGUUGAGCUUGAGGCACUAGCAGAUGUUGUCUAUAAAAGUGUUAUUUUGGCAAGACCUAAAAUGUAGGAUAGUUAGAGUGAAAAUGUAAAGGUGAAAGUUUACAACCUACCAAUUUUCAGUUUCCAAUCAAGUAAGUUCAAGAAUCAGCUAGCAUCCAUUAAUGACAUGAAUCUAUUCACAGAGAAAUGAUAGUUUUGUAUCAAAAUAUGAUCCUGUAAGGUAUAUACUCAUAAAUAUGCACAAGGAUAUACCUUAAUUAGUGUGUGCUUUUAAAACUAGGGUUUUUUUAAAUUAUUUUUUGUCUUUCUUUCUUUUUUUUUUUUUUUUUUACUGUUUUUGCGUGCUGAACUUCUUACACAUUGAACUGCUCUAGUGUUAUGUUAUUGCCAGGAAAGGGGGGAUAUUUUUAAGUCCUUUAGCAAAUUAGUGGCUCAAACUAAAAUACAGAUGAUCUUGGAGCUUAUAGUUCUUUUCAUACUUCUGAAAUUUUUUUCAGGUAAUAGAAGCAUUUUAACAGGAAAAUAUUACAUGUUGGGUAUUAUAUCACCAAAUAGUUUGUACUUUAAGAUGGUGUUUCCCUAAGAGUUGGGGGACUUUCAAAAGUGAUAUUCCACACUGGUGAGUCAUAUCACUGUCUCUGGUGACUGAGUGCCAAGUUUCUUGUUUCCCAAGAGUCCAGUGUAGGCUGCUGUGAAGAUAAAUGCCCAGCAUUUCUGAGACCUGAAGAGAGGGCAGAUAUGUGUGCCUGCUGCCCAGCAGUUCCGUUAGGGAAGGACAGACACAGCAGGGUCGGCCUGGUCUUCAUCUUUGGCAUAUUAGAGCUACCCACACGCCAAGUACGCUGCUCUCCUGCAAUCAGGAGCAGGUCCUACAGUUUAUUGGUUGAACUGGAGGCAGCUGUGUAGAAGCUGUUUCCUCCUCUCCCAGCGCCAUAUUGAAGUCAAGGUCAGCAAACUUCUCAUGUGAUGAGCCUGACAGGAAAUAUUUUCUACACAGUCUGUUGCAAUUUCUCAACUCUGCUGUUAUACUUAGGAAAGCAGCCCUAGACAAUAUGUAAAUAAAUGAACGUUGCUAUAUUCAAAUAAAACUUUAUUUAUAAAAGCAGGCCCAGACAGUUUUCUGGUCUGUGCUCUAAGAUACUGCUCCAAAAAGCGUUUGUUGAUGUCAGUGUGACUCUAAAUGUCAGUUUUCUUUCACCCAAGUGCUUCUCGGGCGGCUCAGUGUUUUCUCAAGUGCCCUGGUUCUUUGUUGUCAUCUAUAGUUUGUAAGGCAAGGGGAAUCUGGCUGGGGGAAUGCGUGUUUGUCCUCACUGGAGAAAGCAUCAAUAGCUUUUGGACGUGCAACAGGAAGCAGACUGUUAAACUUUCUGAAUGACAGUGUAAAGGUAGUUAUUCCCAAGUCAUCUUGAAUGUUUCUCUGUUCUGUUUCUCCUCUGAGCAUAAAGUCUGAAACAGGUGUCUGUUGCUCCCCGUCUUCGUGGAGGAACGACACAAGACCCUGCGCUGUUCUUUUGUCUGCUCGGCCCUCCCCGGGUUUGCUGCUGGUUCUUCCCGGGUUGGCUACCGUCCCUUCCACCUCCGUGGAAGGGCGGUUCCCCCUAGCCACUUUCCCCACUUCCACAGGGGAGCGGCACACCACCGGCCGGCUCUCUCGGGGGCUGCUCAGGUGUUCCUUUAGAUGUUCCUCUUAGAUGUUCCUGGUGCAUGUUGUCUCUCUCCUCCUUUAUAGUCCUCUUCCACCAAUCCCAACUCUGCUACCCACACGCCAAGUACGCUGCUCUCCUGCAAUCAGGAGCAGGUCCUACAGUUUAUUGGUUGAACUGGAGGCAGCUGUGUAGAAGCUGUUUCCUCCUCUCCCAGCGCCAUAUUGUGGGAGAGCAGAUGCAUAGAAUAAGUCUUAAUUCCAGUAACUUAGUCUAGUCCGAGUUGCUCCCAGUUGCUCCCCACAGGUGUCCUAGUGUGUCCUCUGUUUUUCCCAUCUGAUCCUGUUCCUUGUUACCUUCCAAUGACCUGUCUCUGAGAGUAGCUAAAAUUACAGUUGGGGAAUAUACCAUCACUUGAUACCUGAGAAAUCUUGACAUUAAUUGGCCGGCACUGUGGCACAGUAAGUUAAUCCUCUGCCUGUGGCGCUGGCAUCCCUUAUGGGCACCAGUUCUAGUCCCGGCUGCCCCUCUUCCAAUGCAGCUCUCUGCUAUGGUUUGGGAAAGCAGUGGAAGAUGGCCCAAGUCCUUGGGCUCCUGCACCCAUGUGAGAGACCAGGAGGAAGUACCUGGCUCCUGGCUUCAGAUCAUAGCAGCUCCGGCUGUUGUGGCCAUCUGGGGAGUGAACCAACAGAAGGAAGACCUUUCUCUCUGUCUCACCCUCUCACUGUCUGUAACUCUACCUCUCAAGUAAAUAAAUAAAAUCUUAAAAAAAAAAAAAAAGAAAAGAAAAGAAAAAGAAAUCUUGACGUUAAGCAAGAUUGCCUUUAAGGUUCACAGGGACUCAGAGGUGCCUGUCAGAAGAUUGUUAGUUGCUGGUUGUCACUUGAAUUCUGAGUCAGGAGUACAUUAUGGAAUUUAUUAGUCUCUUUGCCGUGUCAGCUCUCUGCCUACUGAACACAUGCAAGAAGAACUUUGUAAAAGGGGGUGACGGAAAUCGUCAAAACUUCUACUGUGUCCUUGCUUGAAAUGGUUGUUACAAUGUGUGGAUUUUGGGAAAGGGGAGCUGAAAUCCUGAUUUUUCAACAACUUUCAGGAAAAAAAGUGAUGAAACUUGAUGUCACUAAAGUGAAUAGUGAAGACUCAUAAGUUGUGAGAAUUGUGUAUCAGUUGGCACAAUUAUCUCAUGACCAGGAAACAAAAUAAGAUUCUUUCUCAAGAAGAAGGAGAGUAUACCCACCGUGUGUGGCAUGUUGUCAGAGAAGGCCUCUUCUAGGUUUUAUCAGAUGUUUCAUCUAGUCUAGUGUGAGCAUUUCUAGUGAAACAUUAUUUGGGCAUCCUGCAGAUCCUUUCUGGGGUGCUUGACUCAGAUCUAAGGGCACUUGUGGUUCCAGGUAGCCAGCAAGCUGAGCCAUUCUCAGUAGCAACAGCCUAAUGGGGGGAAGCUUCUAUAGUAGGCUCCCUCAGGCUUGUGAGUUAGAGUCACUGAGGUCAUCUGUUUGUGGUGUAGUGGGUGAAGCCACCACCUGCAGUGCUGGCAUCCCAUAUGGGCACUGGUUCAAGUCCCGGCUAUGCCACCUCCGAUCCAGCUUUCUGCUAUGGCCUGGGAAAGCAAUAGAAAAUGGCCCAAAUCCUUGGGUCCCUGCACACGCGUGGGAGACCUGGGAGAAGCUCCUGGCUUUGGAUCAGCGCAGCUCUGGCUGUUGUGGCCAAUUGGGGAGUGAACCAGCGGAUGGAAGACCGCUCUCUCUCUCUGCAUCUCCUUCUCUCUCUGUGUAACUCUGUCUUUCAAAUAAAUAAAUAAAUUUUCAGGCCUCUCAGGAUUCUGAACUAGAAGGAGACACGGUAGUGGAGAGUGGAAAGCCUAGAAAUCUGUAUUAUUAAAGUCCCCGAUGUGAUCUUUGAGGAUAAAAAAUAAAACUCAGCAGGAUUUUCUAUUUUACUGGAUGUGGAUGGUAAAGCAUAGAAUCUAGGUGGUUGAGAAGUACACUGAGUUCUAGAAAUAGCAUUGGCUUUGAAGCCAAAGACCAAGGUUCAAAGCUGGUUCCAUCUCUUAGCAAUUGUAUCACCUUGGAAAAGCAAUUUGUCAUCUCUGAACUCUGUGAGUUCUUUAAUCUGUAAAAAUGAGAUUAGUGACCCUAUUUUGUAGUCUUGUUAUGAGGAACAGCAAGCAAUAGUAAUGUAUUUAAACUGAUAAUCAAAUAAAAGCAAACGACAGGUAUGAUAGUAUUUUGGCCAGUCUAUUUCCUCCAUUCUGAGCCUUCACAUAAAUUAUUUCCAUUCCCAAGAUUCCCCCUCUUCUUUUUUACUACCCCUUCUUUCCCCCCUCCUUUAGUAAACACAUGUUCAUAUUUAGGUUACGUUCCACCUCCUCCAAGAAGCCUUUCUUUGACUCUUCCCCAUCUCAGACUAGAUUUCCCUUGCUACUCUAAAUUUAUCUUUAAUAUACAAUGAUAAUCAUAUAAUCAUAUAAUGUUGUAUUUGACAAUUAAUUAUUUAAAGGUGGAGUCUGUUUCUUGUUAAUUAUUUUACUCUUAGUAUCUAGCAGAGUAACUGGUAAAUCUUUAAAGAUUUGUCUGUGGGGCUGGCACUGUGGUGUAACAGGUUAGGCCAGUAGCUGUUCUGGCUACUCCAUUUCCAAUCUAGCUGCCUGCUAACAUGCUGAGAAAGCUUUCUCAGCAUGUUAGCAGGCCCCUGUACCCACAUGGGACACCCAGAGGAAGCUCCUGACUCUUGGCUUCAGAUCAGCCCAGCUCUGGCCUUUGCGGCCAUUUGAGGAGUACAUCGCAGAUGGGAGAUAUCUUUCCUUCUCUCUAACUCUGCCUUUUAAAUGAAGAAAUCUAGGAAGGAAGGAAGGAAGGAAAGGAAGGAAGGAAUAUUUACUUGUUUGAAAGGCAGAGCAAGAGAGAGAGAGAUUAUCUUGUAUCUACUAGUUCACCCUCACCCCUCAAAUGGCUGUAACUGCCAUGUGUGGGCCAGGCUGAAGCCAGGAGCUGGGAACUCCAUCCUGGUCUCCCAUAUGGCUGGGUCUCAAGUGCUUGUGCCAGGUUUUGCCUUCCCAGGCACAUUAGCAGGAAGCUGGAUUAGAAGUAUAGUAACGAGGACACAAACCAGCACUCCACCAUGGGAUGCCAUCACCACAAGCCACAAUGUAAGCACUGCACCAUAACACCAGCCCCAUACCUAGUAUUUGUAUGUUUCCUAUGAAUAUUUGGAGGACAGUUCAGUCAAUGACUUUCGUUUCUCUGAUGAUGAUGAAUGGGGGUAAUUUACCAAUAAUGAGAUUGGGAAUUCAGGAAGAAGAACAUAUUUGAGAUUGAAGAUAAUGAUUUUGCUUUUGGAUAUGCUGAAUUUGAGGUACUUACCAAACAUAGGAAAGCGAAUGUGCUAUAUGCAGUCAAGUAUAGGACCUGAAGUAUAGGGACGUCCCAGGGCCAGGGAUAAUGAUUUAGAAGGUAUCAGCCUGAUGCUGGUCAUUUUAAAGUAUGAAAAAAAUAGCAUGUUCUAAGUUUAAUGUGGAAGAGAGUGAUUCUCACUUUUUUUGUUCCCAGUAUUCUGAGGGAUAUGAAGCAUUUAUGUGACUGAUUCACUGUUAAAAUGAUUCUGAAGCUGGGGGGAUGGUGAAGGGAGCUCACUCCCCAGGAGGGGUCUGCAGAAUGGUGUACUGCUAGGGGCAGCCACUGUGGUGAAAAAGAAGAGCAGAAGCUGAGGUCGGCGACCUGGGCAAACCAGCCUUUCAGACGAUGGAUGAGACUGAGGAAGAAGAGCAUCCCCCAUACAAGGCAAUGAAAAGUCUCAAGGACACUAUCUGACAGAAACUAUGUAGCUCACGCACAAAGGCAUAUGUCACUGGGAAUUCUGUCUGUUGAACCUGGCCUGGCAUCAGGCGUGGCUAAAUCUGGGGAGUUUAAACUUUAUCAGCAGGGCUCUCUCUGCUGCCUUCUUUGCAUAGACCAUAAAGGAAGAGACUGUCUAUCCUAGUGUCCAUCUAUCUAAUUGACCUUGCUAGAGUCAGGUCCUUGACCUCAUUUCUGUAGCCAGAGAUUCCAUAAGACUGAGGUAGAGAGGCAGUGAAGCAGAGUGGUUCAGAGCCUGAAUUCUAAGCCAGGUUGAGUUCAGAUCCCUGCUCUUUGGCUCGGGCAGAUUGUGUACUCUUCCUAUGCCUUAGUUUCUGCAGUUCAAAAACGGGCAAAUCAUAGUCCUUAUCACAUAAAUCCUUUCUGUAGAUGAGAAGACAUAGGAAGUGGACAGAACAGUGUCUGUCAUGUAAUAAAUGCUCAAUAAAUGCCUGCUGCCUUGGUGAUGCUAGUGAGUGGUGUGGCAGUGGAAUGAUGAAGAAGGAGCAGGAACAGUUACCACUUGCUAUAGGGACAGGGUUAGGAGAGGGCAACUACGCUGGUAGAAAAUAGAGAUUCUGGCCGGCGCCGUGGCUCAAUAGGCUAAUCCUCUGCCUUGCGGCGCCGGCACACCGGGUUCUAGUCCCGGUCAGGGCGCCAGAUUCUGUCCCGGUUGCCCCUCUUCCAGGCCAGCUCUCUGCUAUGGCCAGGGAGUGCAGUGGAGGAUGGCCCAGGUGCUUGGGCCCUGCACCCCAUGGGAGACCAGGAAAAGCACCUGGAUCCUGGCUCCUGCCAUCGGAUCAGCGUGGUGCGCCAGCUGCAGUGGCGGCCAUUGGAGGGUGAACCAACGGCAAAAGGAAGACCUUUCUCUCUGUCUCUCUCUCUCACUGUCCACUCUGCCUGUCAAAAAAAAAAAAAAAAAAAAAAAAAAAAGAAAAGAAAGAAAAUAGAGAUUCUGUUACCAAAGGAAGUGCAAGUGGGAUCUGCAUUUGGUGCAGCAUUAGGACACCACUUGGAAUGCCCAAACCCUUUGUCAGAGCACCUGAGUUUGAGUCCCAGGUCUACUUCCCACUAAUGCAUUCUGGGAAGCAGCAGGUUAUGACUCAAGAACUCGGAUUCCCGCCAAUCAUGUGGGAGACUGAGAUGCAGUUCCCAGCUCCUGGCUUCUGCCUGGCCCAGCCCUGGCUGUUGUGGGCAUUUAGAGUGAACCUGGAAAUGGAAGGUCUCUCUCUCUCAAUCUCUCUCAAUCAAUCUCUCUCUCUCUCUCUCUCAUGUCUCUCUACCUUUGAAAUAAAAAAAAAUUUUAAGUUCUUUUAAGAAAAUAAAGAGGGGAAGAGAUAAAGUAGUAGAAAGACAAGCUGUAGCGAGCAGCAGUCAUCUGUUGUCACAUCCAGUACCCUCCAGAGCUGCAGUACCCAGGGGUCUGGCAAAAGGAGAAAUUGCUGACUUGUUAGAGCAGUCUGGUGGGGCUGGGCUCUGAAGCCGCAAAAGAGUAAGACCUCUUUGUGACUCAUCUGCAUUUAGAGACUUUGAUGGAUUUUCUGGGGUUGAUGGUCUUUGAUUAGUAGCCAUUGGCUUAAUGGGCAGAACUCCAAGACAUUUUGCUGUAGGGGAAAAAAAACAAACACAGGAGUUGAGACGGAUCUAAUCAUGUCAUUGGGCACACCGUGGUGACUGACUGCUUCCAUGCUGGACUCUGGAUUGCUUCCCCUUUGCAGUCCCCGUCCUGCACUUCUGCUUUCUCUCCUUGUUGAGACAGACAGACGAUAGGUCAACAUUCUUGUGAGAACAGAUAGACACAGAUCGGCAUCCUUGCCUAUGCCCGCAAGGAUAGCUUGAAGGCAUGAAAAGCAAUUAUACUUCUGCCCCCAAGGAGCGUUCGCCACCUGUAUGCUAACAGUGAUGAAAGGAGCUGGUUCCUGGAUUCAUGAGUGAGGUGUGAGUGUCAGUAUCUGGCAGGUUCUCAGUACUGAGAGUGUUGCCUAAAACUCCCUUUUUUCUGACGGUGUGUCUGCCUUUUCUCUGUCUAGCUUACUGGUUCACAGAAGGCAUUCAGAGAGAAAGCCUAAUUCAGAAUUGGCCAAGUUCUUCAAAGGCACCCCACAAUUACCUUAGCUGAAGAAGUGCUCACUGAAUGCAGUUGUGGGACACAACUCUAGGUUAAUCCAGAAUGGCUUCCUAAAAGACAGGUUUGAGCUGAAGUGUUACAGAAACCUGUUCUUCCCAGCUGUCCCUCACUCCAUUUAUAGCAUUACUCCAGAAAAAUUUCAUCAAUAAAUCAAAACUAUAUAAAACAGACCUUCAUAAAGUUCAUGGAGAAUGUGUAUUAUGAAAAACCUAUGGAUUUCAAAAUUUUUGCACCAAAAUAAACUUACUUAAUUCCAUUUUCCAUAAAUUUUAAAAUUAAUCUUGUAUGAGAAAAAGUCAGGAACUAAGAGUUCUAGUUUACGUCUUUACCAGUUGCUGUGACCCAAGCUUGCUCUGUGAAUAAUCUGUUCCAGCUGUAUAUUUCAGGUUAGUUCCUUAAAAUUUCUUCCAGAAUUUAUUUCCUAAAAAUAGUCAUUUUUUUUUACUACAACCAACAACUGAGCUUCAAGUAAUGAAUCCGAUUUAGAUAGUAAUGAUUAUUAGAAAGAUAUUUCAAAAUAGCUAAUAAACAUAAGAGAAAGUGUACAAACUCACUAACAUUCAAUUCUCUAUAAUGAAGUAGGUUUUUAACACUAAUCCUAAUAAACAGUGCCUUUGAAAAUAAAAUACCCAAUUUAGAUGAGAAUAUUGAAUUGAGAAUACAGCCUUUUCAUAUUUGCUGUUAAGAAUGCAAAUUAAUAAUUCCUUUUUGGGAAACAAAUUGCCAAACUAUGAAAAGCUCCAAAUUAUUUGAUACAGAAUUUCCCCUUAUGGAAACCUAUUUCUAGGGAAGAAUCCUAAAUAUAAAAUACAGAAAGCUGUGUGCACAGAAAUUUUCAUCACGGGGUAUAUGUGAGUUCUACAAACAUUUAGUCAGUCAUCCAACAGAUGCUUGAUUUCUUACUAUGUGGAAGACGGUUGGGCCCUAUUGAACAAAACACAGUCUGUUUAGCUGUUUACAAUCAUGGAAAUUUGGAAGCACUCUUAAGUGUCCAAUAAUCUGGCAGUAGUUCAGUACACUGUGACUCAUCCACGCAGUGGAUACUAUGAAUCAUAGUUUGUCCUACUGUUCCCGCAUUUGGGAAUGUUUUCUUGGAAUACAGUAUAAGGUAACAAUCAAAAAUUUUUUACGGGUGCGCGUUGUAGCACAGCAGGUUAAAUCACUGCUUGGGACACCUUUAUCCCCUUAGAGGUGCUGGUUUGGAUCCCAGUUACUUCACACUCCCAAUCCAGUUCCCUGCUAAUAGGCCUGGGAGGCAGCAGGUUAUGGCUCAGAGCACUCGGGCUCCUGCCACCCACGCGGGAGACCUGGAUGGAGCUCCUAGCUCCUGGCUUUGGCCUGGCCCAACCCCAGUGUAGUGGGCAUUUAGGGAGUAAACUAACAGAUAGAUCUUUCUUUCUGUCUCUCCUUCUCUUUGAAAGUUAUUCUGCCUUUCAAAUAAAACUUAAAAAAAAAAAAAAACAA